AUGCAAAACGAGAGAUUCAGAGCCAGACGGUGCCUGCUGAGGCAGGAGCAGGGUGCCCAGAGCUGUGCACCCAGCAGGGGGAAAUCUCUUUAGCCAGAGAUCCCAGGCCGUGGCAGGCUAGAGGGAAACCAGCAAAGAAACUGGGCAUCCUCUCGACAGCUCCAGCGUGGAAGGAAGAACCACAGAGCUCAAUGGCAGCUCGGCAAAGCUGCAAAACAUAUGUUUGCAGCUUCUGAAAAUUGAGCAAGGAGGAAACAGAAGGAAAUCAAUUCCCCUCGCUAAGCUGGACACAGCCUACAGCUCAUGUUCAUGGCACCCGCCACACCAUGCCAGGGCUCUUGGUUGUGAUCAGGGCGUUACUGGAGCCAGCGUAAUGUGCUGUCCACCCACAGCACAGGCUGGACUGGCCUCUCCUUGCUGACCAAAAGGCAAAGUUUGUACCCAGGCAACAAAAAUCCCAACUGGGGAUCCAGAAAGGGCGCCUUGUCUCCUGGUCUAGCGCUGGUGUGAGGAGAGGCCUGAGCAACUACAUGCUGGAAUAUUGUCUCUUCUCUGGCACACACCAAUUUCUUCCUGCCCUUCGUGGCCAGGCCUGAGGCUGGGUGUUUGUAGAAACUCUAUGCAUUUCCUAGAGAAAGGGCCACUUCUCCCGUGUCCUGUGUGAAAGGAUGGCUGCCUCCCUUUCUUCCAGCUGCUGGCUCAUGCUGCUGUGUGCGGGGCUCUUGGUAGCAAUCUCCUGCGUGGGCUCUGUGGGGUCAGAGAAACUCGGAAGCAGGAAAAGCCGAGAGAAGAAAUCCCAGUCGAAUGAGUAUCCUACAGGCCAAGGGAAAAAUAGCCUGCUUCUGCCAGCUUCCAACGAUCCGGAAGCCGUUAUGGAGAGGUCACGCAGCAUCGAUCCCCGUGACGCCUGGAUGCUGUUUGUGAAGCAAUCAAACAAAGGCGUGAAUGGCAAGAAAAAGGGCAAAAGCAAAGCGAAGAAGUUCAAGUUUGGUGUUCCAGGCCCCCCAGGCCCGCCAGGUCCCCAAGGGCCCCCAGGAGCCCUGGUGAGCCCAGAAGAAUUGCUGCGGGAGUUCCGGCUGCUGCUGAAGGGGGUGAUAAGGGAACGGGAAAAAAUGAGCAUGCAGGCCUGUGAAGCUUGCCAGCAAGGUGAGGAAGAGGAAGAGGAGGAAAGAAAAGAAGAUGAUAUGUUGGCGCUGGUGGCUGGUUCAUGGACAGACAGCAGGCUGCAGCACCGAGUGGAAGCAGCCUUCCACUGUCGGAUACGGAGGAACAUUUCCAUUGAGCGCCGGUCCCUGCAAGAGCUCCAGAUCUAUUACAUACCUGAGAAGGAGAGUAUGUUCCACCGAGGCUUGGGACUGAAUCUGACCAGCGGCCAGUACACAGCACCCAUCACCGGGUACUACACCUUUGCUGCCACACUGCACAUCGUUCAUGGUGAGCAUCAGCGGAGGGGACAGCAGCGUGCGAGGGACCGCCUGCGGGUGCUGAUCUGUGUCCAGUCUCUCUGCCAGCGCAACAUUUCUCUGGAGACAGUGACUGGUUUGGACAGCAGCAGCGAACUCUUUACCAUCUCAGUCAGUGGCAUCUUGUAUCUGCAGGCUGGCCAGUAUGCCUCGGUUUUUGUAGACAACGCCACAGGAUCAUCCCUCACUGUGCAAAGUGGCUCAGAUUUCAGUGCUGUUCUGCUGGGGGUGUGAAUGGCUUCCAGGCACUUGGCCCUUCGUCCAAAAUACCUCUUUCCUUUGUCCCACUGUAAACUGUACCAGAUCCUUCUUCAAGAGCAAUUCAACCAACUCUCACCCAAGCAUGGGGAAGCACAGCACCAUGCAAUCAAGAGCAGCCAGCUGCACAGAUUCAGUUGUCAAAACCACCAGGUUGGUACAUUGCAUGAGAUAGCAAGCCUCUACAGAGCUGCAGGUAAAAACCCUUGAGGCAUCACUCGAAUCACCCCCUUUAAUUUAUUUUGUGAAGAACAGUUGUCAAGCCUUAUCAUCUAUGGACAAUCUUGCACUGUUGCUGACUUCCAAAGGCAGUAAGCAUCUGUACUUAAGAAAGAACAGUUUGAAGACUGCACAAGCCUUUCAAGCCAGAGAUUAGCAGGUUUUUGUGGUCAGUUGUUCACCAGCUCAAAGCCAAGGUUUUGCAUGGCUUCAGCUUUUUUGCAACUUAUUUGUAGUUAAGGUGGUUAAGGUUUGUUGGUAGGUGGCAGCUCAUCUCCAAAGCAGAGCAGCAUCAUGAGAGUCACAGGCUGGGUGUAAAACAAAUAGCUAUCCAGUCAUUUCCUACUUCCUAGCACCAGUGUUUUAGCAGCAGCACCACCUCAUCUCCUUGGCACAGAGCCUGGUCAAUGGGUGGCAGAGAUACUUGCUGUCACUCCUCAUUUUGGUCUUGAUAACACAGUCUAAUGCUGAUGAAGCCAGCAGGCCUACGUGUGUACGUGAGGGCUGGGGGUUUGCAUCUUGAGGGGUGGAGGAGGAAAAGCUGCAGUUUAAAUUUCUCAGUACUGUGUACUUAAUCCUGAGCUGCUGCCAGAACUUCAGUGAGAUAUCCUAGGACAUGCAGCCCCACCUUCAUGACAACGGGACCCUUUGCACGUAGGCACAGAGAGGUAUAACCCCCUCCAAAUGUUAUCUUUUCAAAAAGCUUCUGCAGCUCUGGAUGGGGAGGGGCGGCGGGGGGGAAAAUAGCUCUUCUAUUUUUUGAGGGCCCUGACAGAAAACAGAACAUAAAACCUAUGUUCAAAGAUGGAGUAAUAGAGACCCAAUGCUUGCAGUCUUUACUCAAGAAGAGGUGUUACAAGGUAGCUAACACAGCGGCAGCUUAAUGAAGGCAAGGCGUUGUAGUUAGUAUGCAAGUUAACAGGUCAAGGUAAAUAUUUACCGUCAUUUGUUAACAUGCGAGUACUGCAGGCUAUUUUACCUCUGAGGACAUUACCAUGUAUGAGCUAAUGCAAGGUAAGAACACAGCUUCCACUGGCUGAUGAAACAGCCAAAAGGGCAGCAGGAUUUUACUCUUGGGUACAGACCCCUGCUAGGUGACUAGCAGUCCACUGGAAACCAGACAGUGUAACCCUACGUAGAAAUGUUGGAUGAUAAAAAUCCAUCCUAUCUCCAAAUCUGAUUGCGUCCAUAAAAUAAAUCCAGCCUACUGAUACAAGUAACUCUAUCAUAUUUAGAAGAGAAAGAAAAACUCAGGGUCCACAGCAGGGUUAUUGCUACAGAAUACCAUAAUGUUCAGGACUGACUCAGGAUGCCAUCCUCAGCACUGAAAAUACCAAAUAGCCAACAAACUGAUAAAUGAGUGGAGACAAGACAGCAAGACUAUGUACCUAGAAUAAAAAAAAAAAGCUGUUUCUCAGUACAUUGCUCAUCCACUCAACCCUACCAGGAAACGAGAGGAGACAAUUUCUUGGACUUCAAAUAGGGCCAGUGGUUGCCCCCAGCCUCCAAUGAUGGAGUUCAGCUUGUUUGUAUUCUGCAACUUCUAUGGACCAUGUCAAGGAUCCUUCCACAGUUUUUUCCUCACCUGCAUUAUAAAUAAAUGUAUGCUAUAAAGCAUUUUAUGGAAAUAUUUAUGAGAUGCUAUGGUAAUAUGGAAUAUAUUUAUGUAACUAGCUUGAGUUGCGCUUUCAGUUACAUUUCUAAAAGGGGAAGAAAUGGCAAGUAUGAGAAAAAGGAACGGUAAAGCAGAGAAAGCAGCAAGAUGGAGAAAAAAAAAUAAAGCACAUUUUAUCACUGCCAGACAUAUGAGACAAAAAGCAAGCAGGAAUAAAAGACGAGUGGAGGAGGAGCACUUCUUGGAAGCAGCAGUAAAGAUGAUGGACCGAAGCCCGAUGCCCCAUCUAUUUGUAUCUCUGCCACCAGUCUCCCUGCUGGCUGGCAGGCACUAUAUUAGACAUCUCCCUCUCCCCUCUGUCUGCAUUACCCUUAUUCUGAUAAACUGAGAGAAGCAGGGGGAUGAGAAGGGAGGCUUUAGUAUCAUGCUCAACAUUUUCUUUCUGAUACCUGUAUUACCAGGAUGCUUCUUCAGUGUUACUAAAUAAACAAAAUAUUAGUUUC